UGAGAUGGUGGCAGUUUCCAGGAUCCGUUUCUCGAGAAUUAUACUGAAUAAAAUACUGUCCUCGAGCCCUGAGACACCACAUGUACCAUAUGCCAUACGAGACAAAUUAUUGUACAAACUACUGUAUAAGACUGAAUUUUAAGGAUAGUUUAAUGGUGCAGUAGCAGAGCUGAAAUCUAAACCACAAAUUUCAGUUCUUACGGGUCAAGCUCAGUUAACAAUGCCGGGCUCUUUUGAAAACCAUGCAAACGAGCUUCCCUAGGCUGCCACGGUAAUGUAAGCCGUUAACGAACUCAAAAUAAGAUAUUUAGGUUAUUAUAUUAAAUGAUACAGGAAGAAUUGAGAUUAAGUCAUUGAUUAUGCAGGCCCUGAUCCAACAUUCUUGAUCUGUUGUGGAUGGGCCAAUGAUCUGGAAGAUCACGGUUUGUAUUUUCUGUUUGGAAAUGGAUUAGCACUUCAAGGUAGCGAGAUAUAAGGGUGGGUCAAGAUCACAAGAAGAAGUUGAAUGUAUUUGCUAAUUUAUGUGUCUCUAGAUCUGAAAAUCUCGUCUCUGUACUGCGAUGGGGAGUGAAGAGGUUCAUGUACUUGUACUGUAUACGCCCAAUAGUAGGAUGUCAAAGACACAUCAUACAGUUACUCCAACGCCCCUUGGAGUUCCAGAUAAAAUUAGCGGUCCCGUUGUGAAAGCAACAAAGUCCAUUGAAUCUUUGAUUUUAGUCACUAUUUUUGGCAAAUUCCAAUCUUGUGGCCUAGAUCCUCAUACUGUCAUCUUCAUCUUCAUCUUCCUUCGCCUUUUAAUUUUCUCCGAAAGCUCAUUUAUUCAUUCAUUCGUUCCUUGGCCUUCCUAUCGGUCUUUUAAAUUCCGUGCACCGUCGUGAAUCUGGACGGUUAGAGCAAUUCUGUUUACAGUACCUAAUUUUUGUGUGGUGCCGAGCUUAUAUUUGCUCUAUUGCAAAUCCGAUGAGAGUAUUAUGAAUCGGGAAAGCAAGAUUAGGUUAGAAGCUUACAGAAGGCCUAAUUUGAGGGCUUUGCAGGUCGAUAGAUAUCAGUACUGAAUUGGCCGGCAUCUGACGCGACUGGAAACUGAAUCGAUGAUGCAAUUAUACGGAAGAUGCACAGCAUUCCCAUUCCCUGGUCCCUGCGCACUUGAGGGUUGUGCAAGGGCUUAACUGUUCAUGUGAGCCCCUUCCCCUUUAUGAAUGCACAAAAUUAGGGUUAGAAAAUCAGUGUCUGUCAAUGGAGUUGGACUAAGGCGUUCGCUGCUGGUUUCCGUCAAUUGAGUUGUAUCAGGGGGUUUACUGUCAAUCUUUACUGUCUAAACAAAAUCAAAUUUCGUGAUUCAGCCAUCCAGGGAAAGAAGGUGCCUGAGACGGGUUUCCGAGACUGCAAAUUUCGUAGCCAUUCUCGUGUUUCUGGAGUAAAGCGAGAGAGGGAGAUGGCAUCCGGCUCGUCAAACUCGCCCUGUGCGGCGUGCAAGUUCCUGCGGAGAAAGUGCACAUCAGAAUGCGUAUUUGCACCUUAUUUUCCACCGGAAGAACCUCAGAAGUUCGCGAAUGUUCACAAGAUCUUUGGAGCGAGUAAUGUGACGAAGCUUCUGAACGAUUUGGCACCACAACAGCGGGAAGCGGCGGUGACUUCAUUGGCGUACGAAGCGGAGGCGCGGCUGAGAGACCCUGUGUACGGGUGCGUAGGAGCCAUCUCUGUUCUGCAAAGGCAGGUCCAACUUCUUCAGAAAGAACUCGCCGCUGCUCAUGCAGAUCUCCUUCAAUACACUUCUGCUUUCGACACUGGACCGCCGGACCUUUUCAUUCCCGCACAGACCUGCCUUUCGCCAUCCAUUCCGCACUAUUCCAAAGCGCAGAUGAUGGGCCGACAACAGGUACUGGUGCAGCCGCCGCCACAGCAGCAGCCGCAGCUAACGAGAGAACAGGUUUUGGAACUAGCCAUGAGAAUGGGAGGUUCUUUGGAAGCAGGCCUUUCUGCUCUAGGUGUGACAAAUACUCAUGCGGUUCAGAGCCUGCGACAAAUGUACCCUUCUGCUUCUCCUCCUUCCAGACCUGGCAGUGGGGGUGGAAGCGGCAGUAGCGGAGGUAGCUUGGGACAUUUGUCAACGCCUGAAGAAUAUUCUCACUGACAUUAUAAUGCUCCCUGCUGUUAGUAUGUGUGAAAUAUACGUUUAAUAUCUGGGAUGUAAUAUAUUUCUGUUGAUUCUCCGAACUAUCAUAUUCAAUAACUAUGCUUUCAUCACGAUCUUGCCAGAUCUGUUGUUACACCAUAGAAAUCACACCCAAGCUUUCUUCAUUUA